UCCCUUGCAGACAUCUGUCGGGUGUGCCGCACCGAGGCGGCCGCCGACCGGCCACUCUACUACCCCUGCAUCUGCACAGGCUCCAUAAAAUUUAUCCACCAGGAUUGUCUGCUACAAUGGCUUCGCUACUCGAAAAAGGAAUACUGCGAACUAUGCAAUCACAAGUUCUCGUUCAUGCCGAUAUACUCCCCAGACAUGCCGAAACGGCUGCCCACGAAAGAUAUCGUACACGGUCUGCUCGGAAGUGUGGGAACGGCGCUUAGAUGCUGGCUGCAUUACACUCUCGUGUGGAUCGCUUGGCUCCUGGUAGUUCCUCUGAUAGCGGCUCGGAUCUACAAGUGCAUUUUUGCGUUGUCGUUCUCUUCUUUGUUGACUCUGCCGCUCGACAUCCUGUCGACGGAAAACGUUCUCGAGGACGGACUCAACGGUUCCGUCAUUGUUAUAUCAUCGCUGUGUUUCUUUAUCGCGAUUGUCUGGCUCCGAGAGCAGAUAAUACAUGGGGGUGCACCGGAAUGGCUCGAGCCGGCACCCCGCGGCCAAGAGGAGCGCGAAGCCGCCGAAGCGAGAGACGAAGGUCUCAUGAUCGAAGUUAACGGGAACGACAUCCCGCCUCUGCCGGGAAACGAAAACGAGAUCGAUGCCAACGGGCAGCACCCCCCUCACGUGGAGGCGGAACAGCAGCAGGCAGCGCUGCAUCAGCCACAGAACGUCCCGCCGGGAGCCGCAGCCGCAGAGCCGCAACACAGGGCGUGGGACGAACCGUUUUUUAUCAACGUAAAUGUGAGAGGGCUUGAAGUCCAAGCUGUCGCCCGUCCUGUGGCGUUCGCCAAUAAUGCUGAAGUCGAUGAUCAAGGCAACUGGAAUCAAGAUUGGGAACGGGGUGAAGACAUCACUUGGCAACGUCUACUGGGACUAGAUGGGUCGCUAGUAUUUUUGGAGCACAUGUUUUGGGUAUUGUCUCUGAACACACUCUUCAUGGUGGCGUUCGCCCUCAUUCCGUACUCGAUCGGCGAGAGUUUCGAAAGUUUGCUCGGUCUCACGAAAUCACUGGAGAAUUUUGUUUUCCGCGGUUUUCUCCUCGCAAUCAUCGGAUACGUCGUUUUCGCCUUCUUCCUGAUGUUGGUGUACAUGCUCUUCCAAGGAACUCGGUUCCGAAAAGCGCGACGCAUAAUCGGUCUUUGCUACCUCAUCAUCAAGGUGUCUCUGCUCACAAUCGCUGAAGUCGGCUUUUUUCCGGUCAUGUGUGGAGCAUGGCUGAACAUCUGCUCCAUGGAACUGUUCGGGAACUCCCUUCCAUCGAUGCAGAGUCAAAUCAGAGCCACUCCUUUCGCCAACGUGUUCUUGCAUUGGUUGAUCGGCAUGAUCUUCAUUUAUUACUUCGCGUUCUUCGGCUUUAUGUUGCGUGAAGUUGUGCGGCCGGGUGUUCUGUGGUUCCACCAAAAUAUCAAUGAUCCCGAUUUCCACCCGAUCCAGGAAAUGAUCCAGAUGACUGUCUUGGUUCACGCGAGAAGAUCGCUCAUUUCGCUGGUUGUCUUCGGUACCGCGAUUCUUCUCAUGGUCUGGGUACCGCUGCGUAUCAUGAAGCGGAUGGUCCCUUCGCUGAUCCCGUACAACAUCUCAAUGCAGACCGCCGACAUGCCGACGACCGAGAUUUCAAUGGAGCUGAUGAUUCUCCAAGUUGUUCUCCCAGCGCUCCUCGAGCAGGGACACACAAAACAAUUCGUCAAAUGGUGCGUGAAGCAUUGGUGUCGAGCCGUGGCCUCGGUCCUCGGCAUUCGGAGCUAUCUGCUCGGGGAUAAGCCCGACGACGAAGAAUACGUCGAGCCCCAGGAGCAGCCGCGUGAGUUGGCGGCGGCGCAUCAGGCAAUGGCACACGCCCAGGUCAUUCCCCCUCAUCAGCCGUAUGUGAGGACUUCGUAUUUCCCCUUGAGAAUCGCGGCACUGCUCGUGUGCGUCUGCAUCACGCUGACGCUCGUGAGCCUCAUCGUUCUCACGGUUCCGGUGUCAAUCGGGAAGUGGGUCUUGAAAAUCGUCAUACCGAAGGCCAAGCUCCACGAGUUCUACACAGUCGGAGUCGGACUUUAUGUUUGUUGGCUCUGCAUCCGAGGAAUCUCACUCGCAAGGAGCUGGCUCCCGAAAGGGUGGAAUACGAUUUACCAAUCGCUCUACGAUUCGCUCGUCAUCGGACUCAAGGCGGUUGUAGUGUGUACCAUGCUACUCGGAGUCGUCCCUCUGCUCAUCGGUAUCCAUUUCGAUUUGAUUGUCAUGAUUCCGCUUCGUGUACCCGUGGAUGCGAAUCCCGUUAUGUAUCUAUCACAGGAUUGGGUCUUAGGGGUUUUCCAUACGAAGAUCAUUGGCGCUCUAACCUUGAUGGGACCCAACUGGUGGCUCAAAAAUUCCCUGGAACAGGUUUACCAGGAGGGAUUCAGGAACAUGAGCCUGGUACGGAUCUUCCGUGACAUUGUCCUACCGUGCGUGGCCGUUCUGGGGCUUUCGCUCUGUGUACCGUAUAUCUUCGUACAUUCGGUUCUGGCGCGCUUCGUCACGGUUGAGACGGUCCAUCUGGCUCAACGCAGAAUCUAUCCGUCUCUUCUGAUCGUGAGCUUCUUCAGCUUCUACGCUGUAUUCCAGUGGAGGCAGUUCCGAAGACUCUACGAGCAUAUUCGCAACGACAAGUACCUCGUCGGGAGACGUCUCGUCAAUUACGAGAGACAGCAGAGAGAGCAACAACGGCAUACAGAACAGCGACAGAUGCAGAUGGCCCAAUAGUGAAUUCGAGGCGAUCGUCGCGUCCGUCUCGCCGACGGAUGAAAUUCGCCGUGUGAUAUGGAAGGAUGGGACCUUAGCACGAGAGGGUGGCCGAUUGUAUGGUGGAUUGAUUUUUCAUAUUCCCGGAAACGCUGCGUGAACAAACGCUCUCCCGAUGCUCGAAUUCUUCUUCCUCCGUACGAGGGAAAAAUCCCACUGCUACUCUCGGUCCGCAUUUUUUUUCUCCCGGAACGCUCCCUCAACGGGGAAUCAUAUGAUUCAUCUCGUCUAGUCGGUGGUGGCCUUGCAUCGGGAUUGCCCGAGUGAGAGCCUCGCAAUUAGAAUCCGCUGAAAUUUCCUGAGGUUCA